ACAAAAAUUAUUAACUAUGAUUCCCUAGACUUACAACAGUCUUAUUGGGCAAAUAUAUAUUUCUAAAGAAUUUCUAAAUUAGUAAAAGUAAAUGCUAAAGCUAUACGGGGGAAUAAUAUACUGCUGGAAAGGAACUCUUAUCUACAAAAGGAAAGUCAAGGAACGUUGUACAAAAUGUAAUAAAAUGAACCGUCUAUGAUCAUUCUUUUGUACCGUGGUCUGCUUUGAUUCUUUUUAAAAACAAGCUGAAAAUACAGAAAAAGUUCCUAUUUUUGUAUCUGUGGUUAUGUUCACCAAUGAUUUGAAUAAGUAUAAUAUAUACAUAUGCUUUUAAAUUAUAAACUCUGCCGAGUUCGUAGGUAUUUUGUAAAUGACUUAGCAAAAUUCUACACUAUUUUUAUAUAUCUACCACGUCAUCUGCCGAAUGGGAAAAUACAUUAACGGUAAAAUAUGUGCUUACCGAAAUAUUUAAUUUCGUAAUUUGAGCGAAAAUGUCAGAACGAAAAGUGGAUGUUGGAAUUGUGCAGAAGCAGUGUACAAAUGAUACAAGUCUCAUUGAUAAAGCUGAAAUUAUUAAUAUAUCUGCUUUUGAUUGUGAUGACAUUGAUGGCUGGUUGUAUAUACCAACACGAUAUCAAACAGAAUCCAAGGUUCAAGAUUUGUACACCUGGUUAAAAAAUGAACCAGAAUUAAACUUAUCAGCUAAUAAAAAAUUUGUGGACACGAGAACUUUUACAAGACCUAAAAAGCGGUCUAGUAGAUCUACUUUUGAAUCUAUUUUGGAAACUUUAUCAUCACCUGUAGCAAAUAUAUGGAAAACCUCAAAUUUUCCAAAUGUAGAUGAAGAUUUAAAUAAAUAUUCAGACACAACUACUGCCAACAAAGAUGAAACUGUACCUCCUAUGUUAAAAAUGACACCUACAACAAAUGUUAACCUUCUUGCCGAUGAAGUUGCAACAACAUCAGGUCAAGAAAGUAUGGAAGUGUUUUUAAAUAUGUCUCACUCAAAAGGAAUUGAUUCGUUUAUUAAUUUAAUGGAACCUGGACUUAGUGACCCAUUGAUGAAUGUUUCACAACCAUCUAUUUUUUGUUCGUCUAUUAUCUCAUUGCCUAGAGAUGAUUCUUUACAUAAUACAGAUUGUGAUAAAGAAGAGGAAUUUUCAAAUUCAAUUCAUACCCAUGACAAAGGAAUUAAUAAGUAUAAGGAUAGUAAAAAUUCAAAUAUGAAUGAAACAUUUUCUAAAAGCAAUGAAUUGGAUAAUAACGAAAGUUACUGCCUAAGUCCAGCAGAUAAAACAUUUACAAAUGAAUCUGAUACAAUGAAAAAAAUGGAAUUAAAUGAAACAUAUGAUGCAGAAGUAAUUUCUGCAGGAGUUAUAUCAAAUUUGGAUAUAGAUAAAUCCAGUACAAUUAAUUUGUCUUCCGCAGUUGUAAAUAAAGAUGACAGAAAUACAAAAUUGUUACAGCCAAGAAAUAUUGAAAAGAAAGAUUUACCUGAUUUGAAUGUUAUGUAUCUACCAACUUCUCAAAAAGCUGAUAACUCAUGUACUUUAGAUGCUACAUAUUCUGCAACAGAAACUGAUAAACUAGUUACAGAUAUGACUUUGACUUAUGAAAGUAAUGCAGAAAGAGAUAAAGAUCAAACAUAUGACUUACAAACAAAUACAGGUAACAAUACCUCAAAAAAUAUGGUAGAAUCUUCCACAUUUUCUGCAAAUUCUUCCUUUACACUUAUGCAUGAUAAUGUUUUGAACUCCACAUUUAAACUGCCUCUUCAUUCAACCCCAAAAAAUAUAGAUACAUUAAAUUCAACGUUCAAAGCAAGUAAUAAGCAUUUAGAAUCAUCUCGAAUAUGGAGUUCAAAUUUUAAAGUGCCUACAUCAUUAAGGAAAGAAUUGUUAGCAGAAAUACAUAGAAGUGGAGAUCAUAGACUUGAUUGUACAUAUAAUCAUACAAGCAAAGAACACCAAAGUAAAAAUUCUAAAAAAGAAGUUGCUGAGGAAAUAUCUAACCAGAAUGUUAAAAGUGAUAUCCCCGUAGAAAAUAAAUAUAAUACAUAUAAAAAGGUAUCAUCGUUUGAUAAAAUCGAACCACAAACUGAAACAGAAAAUGAAAUAGAAACGUGUAUUCAAAACUUGCAGGACAAGAAAUACUACACCUUUACAAAAAAAAGUAGUGCUCAUGGUGGAAAGACUGAUGUGGAAAACGCUGAAUCGUUAGAGAAUAUGGAUGCUACAUUUGUGAAACCCCUUCCAAAGUUACAGAAAAAAAAGCAGCAUAUUCCACGAAUGCUUUCGAAAUUACCACAGUUCCUUCAAAAAUCUAAUCCCAAUCUUGUGUCUAAUUCUCUGAAAACCGUUAAUAUAACUGGUUGUACAAAUGCUCCUAGUUAUGGGUACAUGAAAGGUUCGCAGCCAAAUAUCGUAAGAGAUGUUGAAAGGAGUCUGGUGAAUAAAUUAUACCCUCUAGGAAAAAUUAAAAGUGGUUCCGAACAACGGUUAUUAGAACUGAAUUCAGGCGUAGGAGAACUUCAAAUUUUAGGUGCUGGAGGAUCUACAGAAAGUAUUGAAAGUACUCAGAGCGCUCACAGUGCACCUGAUUUAGAUGACAGACUCAGUACAUGUUCAGAUAGUAGUCACAAUUCAUGUACAACACAACCAAUGAAUAUUGAACAGUUACAACAGAUAGUACGAAUGCAGGAGGAAAGUUUAAAACAAGAUACAAAACCUCAAUUAAAUAGGCGAGUGUUAGAAAAUACAUGGAUUGACGCGAAAAAAGAUUUACAUUCUCCUAUAGUUAAGAAUGGACUCGAUGGUUGUGAAAGCGAUGAUUCACCCUUGAGUAUAGAUUUUACUGUUAAAACAAGUUCUCCAAUAUUAAGUCCAACUAGAUCUAGUCAGUCAAUAAAUGCUGAUGGUCAAUCUACACAAACUGUAAUGAAACAUCAAAAUGAUAUAGAUGUUGGAAAAGUUGAAGUGUUUAAUAAACCAAUGAUGAAAAUUGAAAACAAAACAAGACUGCGACAACCAACGAAUUGGAAUACUGGAAAUAGACCUACAAAUCUUAUGAGUGCUAUUCCUAGACCACCAUCGCGCAUACCAGCUCCCAGGUUUGUGAGGCCAACUGUAAAAAAUGUUCAAAGUGAUAUAAAACGAGGAUACAUGUAAAAUUUGUUGAGGGAGCACUAAGAAUCAACGUAUGCGUUUUUAAACAACAUUCUUAUUCUAAUUUGUAUUCGUAAUAAUAAUUUGUAUAGAAGAUAUUUUUAAGUUAUGGUCUUGGAGGGAUAGUGAAGAUUCUUACCUAACAUGAUAAAAAAAUUCAGUAUUAAAUUUCCAAGGGAAUAAAAGGGUAUAAACAAUACUGACUCCUCAGCGUAUUCCAAUUUCAGUAGAUCUGUUAUAAAACUAUUGCAGUAUAACUUUUUAUGAUAGAUUUUGGAAGUUUAAUUAUUGGUUAAUUAUUUCAAAGUUUGUGAUUUUUAAAUCCUUAUUUAACGAUUUAGUUAGGAAUAAUGUGAGAAGAUACUAUUAUUAUUUAAACCAAAAAUUCCCCUCCAAAUCAUUUUUAUUUUUUUUAUAACUAUCAUUUUUACCAUAUUUAUAUUUUCAUUCUAAUUGAAAGUUUUUAAUCUAUUGCAAGACUACAAUAGUAUAAUGAAUAUAAAUUGCUAUAUUCGCAAUAAGAAAUAUCCCAAUUACACAUAUAAAAAUAUGCGGAUAAUCUUUUAUAAAAAUGUCGUGAAUAUGACAUGGAAUUUUGUAUCGACAAGAAACUAUAUGCUUGACGUGUAUAUUAUAUUUAAAGGGUUGAAUGAUAUACCAGUAAUAUCUGUGUAUAAAUAUUAAAAGAAUGUUUUGCUACUUCUGAUGCAGGUCACUUUUUAAAAAAUUUAUUAAAAAUAUUUUCACGUACAUUUUUAUCUAAUAAAAAUAGAACUUUUCAGAUAAGACAUCUGCAAUAAUUUGUAACAGUAAAACACACCGUAUAGAUAGAAUUUUAAAAAUCACCUCUUUUAUAAAUUUUAAGUAGCAUAAAAGCUAACUGGAAAAUACAAAUAUAUGGCCUAUACAGAGGUAGAUACACAGCAAUUUGUGAUAUAUCAUUAACUCUAUAUUUUAAAUACCUUCAAGUAUAAUUUCUUGCUGAUCUGUAGAGUGUAUAUUCCUAAAUUAUGAAGUUAUCAAAAAUUGGUUAUAAAAUUAUUCACAUAUCAUAAUAAGAUUGAUGUCAAUCGUAAUAUUAAAAACGUACAUUUUUAAUAAUUCUAUUUAAAUAGUAAAAUAAAAACUUUGUAUGCUGAAAAUUAAAAAUUACACGUUAUACAAAAUUAUAGAGGUGUUCCAUGAUACACUCUAUAAUGGCCUUCCAUUGCAUAAUAAAAAAGGUAUAAAUUCAAAAAAUGUAGUUCAAAAUAAAAGACUGGAACAUUUAUGCAAGGAUAAGUAAAUUUUUUUGUAAUACAAAAAACAUUUUAGCCAAACUAUAGUAAGAUACGUGAGAAAAUAAUAUAACAUUUUCUUAUGUUUCCAAAUAUAGUAACUAGCUCUUUAUCUCCUAAUAAAGAGCUUUCUAAACUGUGCGUGUCAAAUUUUAUAAAUUUAAUUGAACGGAAAAACCUCUAAAGUACAUGAAGAAUUGUCUAAAGAAUUUUAAUUUCAGAAUGAAAAAGAUAGAU